CUUCCCUCCCUGUUGGUGUUAAAGGGACGCCAUUUUACAUCAAUCAAGCAAGUUGGAAACGGCACCGGCCUGUAUUAAGGAAAACGAUUGUUCGAGGAGGUAGAAUUUUAUAUUUUGUUGUGAUUGUAUCGUCCUCAAGCAGCUAAAGUGGGGACGGGUAUCAAAUAUAUCAAAUUGAACUGGUAACUCUGCGACAUACUGUCAUGAGAGUCUCGUAGUAACUGUAUCGUUCGUUCUUACGUGUGCCAAAAGUAUUUUAGUGAGACAAUUUGAUUGCGUCGCUCGGCUGAGCUCUCUUCGGACAUUCUCUUGCGUUUGUCGUUGUUUCGUGCGAGGCGGGUGCGUUACUUCCGACGGAAUACAAUUGUAAGACCCGCUUGUAUCCCGGUAGUCCGCCAUUACGUGCUCGCGUCGUAGUCGGCGUACCAUCCGGCUUCGCCUCGAAGCUGGAGUACAUCAUCCUAAGAGUACAGCCAGGAGAUUCUUUCGCCGUUAAUCAUGGCCCGGAGUCGAAAAGACAGCACGGGUAAGAGUGACUCUGAAGCUACAGAUAAGGAGAAUAAGAAGGAGAAAGGUAGAGACAGGGAACGAAAAAAACGGGCAGCUUCCUCCUCCAGCAGUGGUUCUAGCUCAUCAGAUAGCAGCUCUGGAUCAUCAAGCUCUAGCAGUGGCAGUAGUUCCAGAUCAAGCUCUAGUUCUAGUAGUUCGUCCAGUAGUUCUGCUAGCUCUUCAGCAAGUUCUAGGGAUCGAGGAAGAAAAAGAAGCCGCAGCAAGAGUGCCGAUGCCUCACGGAGACAUGAUAAUAAAGAAAAGGAAAGGGAUAAAGAAAGAGAAAGAGAAAGGGAGAGAGAAAAAGAUAGGGAUAAGGACAGAGACCGUGAGAAGGAAAGGAAAAAGGGGAAUAAUGUUGUCCCUGAUAAAGCUAAACAAAAAGCACGAUCGAGAUCUCCCUCUCCACGUAGAAAGCGUAGGGAGCGUUCGCCGAUUCCUAGACCGACAAAGAUACACAUUGGUCAUCUAACACGGAACGUCACCAAAGAUCAUGUCAUAGAGAUAUUUUCUGUAUAUGGUCAAAUAAAGAUGGUUGAUUUUGCGGUGGAUAAGCUUCAUCCAAAUCAGGGAAGGGGAUUUGCUUAUGUCGAAUUCGAAACUGCAGAUGAAGCUGAAAACGCUAUGAAACAUAUGGACGGGGGGCAGAUAGAUGGUCAAGAAAUCACGGCUGCUCCAGUAUUAUUGCCAAAGCCCCGACCGUUGCCGAUGCGACGAAUGUCACCAGGCAGACGCGUGAUACCACGAUGGGGAGGUGGCGGUAGAAAUACACCGCCACGUUAUCGCAGACGUUCGCCGCUAAUGAAUCGACGCCGAAGUCCUCGACCACGACCACGCAGAAUAAGAACUCGAUCGCGAAGUCCACCGGGAAAUCCUCGACAUAGACACCGUCGUUAUACAAGAUCUAGCUCGAGUAGUUCUCGAUAAUAAUUUUUCAUCGCAUUGUACAUAAGAAAUAUCAAACUAAAUAUGAUUAACAUUUUUCAAACUAUUGUGUUAAAAGUAACACAAGCAAAAAUAAAUGUAAUGAUUUUAAUUAUAAUAAGACACGUUCACUAAUAACGAUCAUAAAUUAGUUUAUAUAAAUAGUACAAUAGUUUAAUGUUUCAUCGAAACAUUUUUGAAAUAUACUUAAUUUCACAAUAUGUAUUGAUUGGUCUCCUUUGUAGUAAUUGAUACCUAAAAUUUGUAAGAACUAGUUUUAACGUUAUAUCAUUACUACGAUAUUAUUAAAAGAUAAAUAUUUGUAUAAAAAAUUAAUGUAUAGUUCAUAAAAAAAUUGAUAUUAGUAUUAA